AUGACGGAAUUCUACGACGAAGAGAAGACCGGAAGGCUGCACCCUGACGAGAAGGAUGUCAACGUCGAUGUUGGGAGUGCUCAAGGUUCCACUGAGCUCGUCGAUGAAAAGCCAGCUCAGAAUGGCGGUAUCCUCGACACUCUAUGUGGCUGGGAAGCGACCCUGGACCGUAAGCUCGGCAUCGAGUCUCAGGCUAUCCGACGCAAGCUGCCCGAGGAGAAGGUGCCUCAAAAGUGGCACAACCAGGCAGUCAUGGCUCUGCUGUGGAGUGGUGGUAUCAUGAACUUGUCUUGCAUGUCGACCGGGUUCCUUGGUCCCACCUGGGGUCUUACACUUGGCCAGAGCAUCGUCAUCACCAUCUUCGGCACCCUUCUGGGAUCCAGUGUUGCUGGUUGGUGUGCCACUCUUGGUCCUGGCACCGGUCUUCGUUCCAUGUCCAUCACUCGUUACAGCUUCGGCUGGUACCCCACCAAGCUCAUUGCUGUCCUCAACAUCAUCUCUCAAGCCGGUUGGAGUGCUGUUGGCUGCAUUACUGGUGGUCUUGCUCUUACUGCUGUAUCCGACGGCAAGGUCUCGUCUGCUCUUGGUUGCGUGAUCAUUGCUCUUUGCAGCAGUGUCAUCAACUUCUGCGGUCUCAAGGCCAUUCUGUACUAUGAGAAGUAUGCCUGGCUCGUCUUCUUCAUUGUCUUCAUGAUCAUGUACGGCAUGGCCGCUCCUCAUGCUGUCAACACUCCUGGUACCGAACUCCAUGGCGCCAACCUCGCUGGAAACGUUCUUUCUCUGCUUUCGGUUGUCUACGGCAGCUCCUGCUCUUGGGCCACCAUUGCCGCUGAUUACUACGUUCACUACCCCAUCAACACCUCCAAGGUCAAGGUCUUCACUCUCUGUACCCUUGGUAUCAGUAUUCCUACCUGCAUUGGUAUGGUUCUGGGAUGCUGUAUUGGUUCGGCCAUGCAAGUCAACGAGCAAUGGAGCAACACAUACAGCGAUGACGGCCUUGGCUAUCUCAUCCAGAUAAUGCUCUUCCCUCGUGGAUUCGCCAAGUUCAUUCUGGUCCUGCUUGUGCUCAGUGCCGUUGGUAUGAACGCUCUCAACCUCUACUCUUGUGCCUUGUCGAUCCAACAGUUCGCCCGCCCCUUGGCUAGAGUCCCUCGCACCUUCUGGGUUCUCGUUGUCUUCGGUGCUGUCACUGCCAUUGCCGUCGCUGGACGCGAUCACUUGCUCGAGUAUCUGGAGAACUUCCUUUCUCUUCUCGGUUACUGGGGUACCUCCUACUUCGUUAUUGUCUUCCUUGAGCACUACUGGUUCCGCAAGGGCGACUUUGCCAACUACGAUCUCGACGGCUGGAACACCCCUUCAAAACUGCCUAUCGGUCUCGCUGGUCUUGGUGCUUUCCUGAUCGGUGUUGUUGGCUGGUGCCUCGGUAUGGUUGAGACUUGGUUCACAGGCCCUCUCGCCAAACACAUUGGCGAGAGUGGUGGUGAUAUUGCCAAUGAGCUCACCUUCGCCUUCACCCUCCUUGCCUAUAUCCCUCUCCGUCAUCUCGAGUACCGCUUCUUCAGGAGAUAA